AUGGCAGCCCCACAGUUUCAUAGGGCCGCCGAAGAACGGGAGAUCGUCCCCAUGUUGUUAUCCCUAAUUGUGCAGGCCGCCUGUAUUCCUGGAGAGCUCGACAAUAGUCUCCUCCAGGAGCCGGCACUGGAGAAUAUCCAACGUUUCUUCUAUUUGGCGUUCAAACAUGGAACGUCAACUCUAACGGGGCCCUCCGAUAGUUGGUACGCAUGUCAGUACUGCACCAGGUGGGUAUUGUUCCAUGCUGGAAUCCUUCCUAUGUACGUGGAACGGGUAAAGGAUCCAAACGUGGUUGUCACAUGUGGGGCAUCUGGAUACGGCUCCAUGUGCGAUAUGCUCCACAACAGCAGAACUGAGCAACAAAGAGCUAAUGAGGAGCUCGAAGAAGCUAGGGCGGCCCUGCAAGAAGCAUCGAAGAAGCGUUCUCGAGACAAAGAGAACCUCGAUGGUUUGUGGGCGGAGCUACACAGCAGCAGAACUGAACAACAAAGAGCUGAUGAGAGCCUUGAUGGUUUGCGGGCGGAGCUACGCAGCAGCAGAACUGAACAACAAAGAGCUGAUGAGGAGCUCGAUGGUUUACGGGCGGAGCUACACAGCAGCAGAGCUGAGCUACACAGCAGCAGAACUGAACAUCAAAGAGCUGAUGACAACCUCGAUGGUUUACGGGCGGAGCUACACAGCAGCAGAACUGAGCAACAAAGAGCUAAAGAGAACCUUGAUGGUUUACGGGCGGAGGUACACAGCAGCAGAACUGAACAACAAAGAGCUAAUGAGGAGCUUGAAGAAGCUAGGGCGGCCCUGCAAGAAGCAUCAAAGAAGCGUUCUCAAGACGAAGAGAACCUCGAUGGUUUACGGGCAGAGCUCCGAAAUGCCAACGAUGAAAUGGUUGCAAAGCGGCGUUGUAUCGAGGAGCUAGUACGCCAAACCCGUGUUCUAGAGGAUCGGUGUAGUGUGCUGGAGCAAGAUCCAGAGAGACACAGUCAUGCCGAAUUUCCUCCGCUAAUGUCUGUUUUGCUUGCCUUGACAGUUGUCAGCUCGGAUAGUCCUGCGUCGCAGAGAAGUUGCGAGUAA